AUGUCUACUACGCAGUCUUUCCCUGAUGUCCAUUUCGGCUGGCUGUUAAGUGAUGGCACGGAAGUGCAAAUGGAUGCAGUUACACUCUCUGCGAACACCUUGAUUGGAGAGCUGCUCUCGACAAGUCCUAUCGAUGAGGUGUCAAGCAAAGGAACGCCACCUCCAGCACUCACUGGCGUCGUCCUCGUGAAUUCGACAUCUACAGUUGGUCCGUCGACGUUCGCGACUCAGGCAACGCCCUCUCCGUCUGCGAACGCGACAACAGAUUCAGCAUCGUCCGGAUCUGCUUCCCUGCCGAGCACAGAAAGAUCGUCCUCGCCACUCGCUCGAAAACUGGCAGUCGGUCUCGCGGUUCCAGCUGCCACACUCCUAAUCGGAGCCUGCAUCCUCUUCGGUAUGUACCUCAGACGUCGUCGUCAUCGACACUGGAAUGUAGGCCCCUCGUCGUCACCCCGAAGCUCAAAGAGCCACAAACAAGACUACAACGCAAAGCCACUGUACCCUCACAAACCCCUGACGAGCCGCUCGGACUCCACGUUCACUGUCGAUGCUGGUCCAAGUUAUGGGUCGAUUCCGCAAGCCGGCGACGCGGACAUACCUCAACUGCCAGAGCUGGAAGGGCUGACAGCUGCAUACUCGCCCACCAGAGAUAGCGAAUACUCCAGCGACGACUUUGGCCCUUAUUUCAGCGGGAUAGAUGAUCCUUUCACGGAUGCUGCUGCAUCCACCGUGAAGAUGACGCCUGGCGUGUCGCCCUCAUCAUAUCCUCUGCGCGAUCGGCUCAGUCACGAGAAUGAGAGACGAAGAAAGGCGAUUCAAACUUUGAAGCGGAAGGGCAGUAGUGCGAGUAUUAGUGAGCGGGAAUUGGGAGGACUGGUUAGUGCUUUCGAGAGGGUCGUGAAUGAGAGGCAGGAGGAAACGAAGGUUCGGGUCAAGAGUGGCGGGGACAUUUGGGGCGGUGGGAAGCGAGAUAGGGACGAAGAGAGGACAGCAGAGGUUAUGGCGAGUGUGCCUCUGAAUUGA